CAAUCACUUAAACUUACAGACCACAUUGGUUGUGCUCAAUCAAUACUUAGCAUUUAAUUUUUUUUUUUUUAUUUAUUUAUAUUUUAGCAACGUAGAAUGUGGUCCAAGGCACACAAAUACAACAAACUCUCUCCCGUUACGCCAGAAGUCGUUGAGAUAUAUAGAAAUCCGGAAUUCGAGGCAGAUUCCUUGGACACGGUAAAUGCCAGCUGUGUAAAAAUAUCAAAGGCUGGUCAAAUAACUACCAAAAAUGUUGGCCACUUCAGUGAUCGACAUAUACAGGCUGAUCUAUAUCUACCCGGACUGCGGGAGCGCUGCGACACCUCAACCAACCAGGACUUGUUCAACUUAUCGACAUUGCUGACCGACAUUGAGACUGAAUGCAAAGCGUAUAUGGACGGCAAUGUGGUCAACGUGAAUCGCAGGGAUGGCGAUGCGGCUGGCAUGGGCGAUUCCAAAGCGAAAAGCAAUGGACCCAAUCCCAGGAACGGAUAUCAAUGGACUAGACCUGCGCUGGUGCCUAAAAAGCAUGACAAGAAAAGUCGUGUCAGCAACCCAACAGAAGCGGCAGUCGGUGGAACAGCGAAUGAGCUAUUCAAGUUGCAAAAAGAUGACAAGAUACUGCAAAAGCUUCCCGUCAAGACUGCUGUAAAGCCAACUGCAAAGACUGUUCCGAAGCCAGUUGCACAGACUGCGGUAAGGCCAGUUGCAAAGACUGUUCAGCCGACAGUAGACAUGGUUGCAGUGCAGCCCAUUGAAAAGCCAGUUGAAACGGGCGUUCAAGUGCCCGCUGAAAUGCCGACAACUAUACAGAAAAGAGUUAAGAAGACCAAGAAAACCAAGUCGAAAUCAAAGAACUACUGUGGUGAUUCAACAGAUGCCACCUGCUAUGAAACCUCCGAAACCACCCGCAAAGUGCAGCGCAGGCGUCAUAACUUAGAGAAACAAACGGUUAAGGCCCCAUACGUGGAACCCGUACAGGUAAAAGUAUCUGUGACCAAUCUAAAACCACUAAGCGAGCGGCAUACUAAGAUGCUUUUUCUGAACGGCUACAAGAUAAUACAGCAACAGCUCAAUACUCUGUGCCGAAUAUGUCGUGGGAUUAAUGCUGCAAUUAAGAUUGUUGAUAACUGGCAUAUCUAUACAAUUUUCUUGUUUCUUUGCACUAUAAUCUAUCUCAUCUAUUUGUUGUAUCAGGAUAUCUCGGAAUAUGCCAGCAUUGAGCGACGUUAUUUGCAUAAGAUGAGAACGUCUGGAAUUAUUUAUAAAUUUUACUACUAUAUAAUGCGUAUGAUGAAAGUGCCCAUAUUUUAAGUCGAUCAGCUUUCGAAUUUA